GAAAUCCAGAGCAGUUCUAAAUGGAACACUGAACAGUCAAAAUGUUCCGGCCAAGUUUUGUUUUAUUGCUCUGCGCUAUCUCAGUCAACGGAGAAUACUACUCGGCUACAAGUCAACUGGAAAAACUACUCGACGUGGAGGCUUUUAUGGUGGAGAAGUUCGAUGAGUAUCUUGAAAGGGCUCAGAAGGAACAGGAUAACUUGAAGAGAUUUAUGGAGCAGAUUGACGAGCAACUACAGGAUCGUGACGACCUUGAUGAAUACUUUGGCAAUCCGCUCAAUGCCUUCAUCACCAUCAGCCGCCUCGUUUACGACUGGAAGUUCAAUGUAUUUGAUCUUGUUCUUAACUCCAGUAACUUUGAGACCUACAGAAGCACCCUGAGUGAUGCUUUCGAGAAGAUCAAUUUAACAGGACCCAACCAGGAGGAUCUUCACGGAGCCUCUCGGGCUCUCCUCCGGCUGCAGAAAGUCUACCAACUAAACACGGACCACCUAGCCUCCGGAGUUCUCCUUCCCGGCGAGAGGAACCCACUGAACAUCUCGUUGAGUGCAAGUGACUGCUUUGAGCUGGGCAAGAAUCUCUGCCAGAUAAAGGAGUACUCCUAUGGAUCCGAGUGGCUCUUGGAGGCCAGAAAGCGAUUGCACGGCAACCCAACGGGCUUUGUAUCACCCAAUGUGAGCGAUGUCGAGAUCCUAGAGCAGCUUUCACCCGCCUUCAGUGGCUUGGGCAACCUAAAGUUAGCCCACAAAUUAAAUAUGGAAAUACUGGAUAAGAAGCCUGAUCAUGAGGAGGCUCUCAAGAACAAGGUACUGUACGAAGGCCAAUUGGCUAAGGCGCGAAAUGUUAUUCCCAGAAAGCAGGUGGAUCCGCCUCAAACAGCAGAAGAAGAGCCUAAGGAGAGCUUCCAGCUGUACACACAACUUUGUCGAGGAGAGCUCCAUCAAUCUCCUCGAGAGCAGCGGAAUCUGAGGUGCUGGCUCAGCCACCAGGGAGUGCCCUACUAUCGUCUGUCGCCCUUCAAGUUCGAGCAACUGAAUUUGGAUCCUUAUGUCGCCCUCGUUCACCACGUGCUGUGGGACAGCGAAAUGGAAAUGAUCAUGCAACACGGCAGGGGCAGUAUGGAGCGCUCAAAGGUGGGUCAAUCCGAGAACUCCAAAAUCGCUGAUCGCCGGACCAGUCAAAACACCUGGCUGUGGUACGACGUGAAUCCUUGGCUGUCCAGGAUUAAACAGCGACUGGAGGAUGUCACCGGACUGAGCACGGAAAGUGCGGAGCCCCUGCAGCUGCUCAACUACGGAAUCGGCGGACAGUAUGAGCCGCACUUUGACUUCGUGGAGGACGCGGAAAAGAUUUUUGGCUGGCAGGAUGACCGCCUGAUGACUGCUAUUUUCUACAUAAAUGAUGUUGCUCUGGGCGGAGCCACUGCUUUUCCCUUCCUCCGAUUGGCCGUUCCGCCUGAGAAGGGCAGCCUCUUAAUGUGGAACAAUCUACACAGUUCCUUGCACAAGGACUAUCGCUCCAAGCAUGCUGGUUGUCCCAUCCUUCAAGGAUCAAAGUGGAUUUGCACCGAAUGGUUCCAUGUGGGUGCUCAGGAGUUAAAGCGACCUUGUGGGUUGAUGAGCGAGGAAGGAAAGUUUUCGCAUUUGGAGGACAAGUAGUUAGAACAGUGAAAUUAUAAUGUAACCGUUUCAAAUA